AUGUUGAAAGAAGUUGUAAACGAUUAUGCAGACUAUUUUAAAUUAGACCUGGCGAAUGGAUUUCAAACAGUGCAAGAUGUUAUCGACAACAUGAUUACUAGACUUGAGGAACUAACUAGUGUUUUACAAAUGAUCAAACUAAAAAACAAUGACUGCAGUACUAUUGUUACCGAAGAUAUUUGUCGAUAUAGAAAUGAAGUAACAAUACUGUCAAAAAAAAUUAUAACCUUAAGUGAAGUUAUUACAAAGUUACAAAGCAAUAUUGAAAUUCUAGAAAAACAAGUUGGAAAAGCUGAAGCUGAUUUCGGAGUACAAACAGACAAUAAACUCAAAAGCUUUCUCAAACCUUUCCUUAAGAAAAGAGACAUUAAUCCUAAUAAUGGAUCGUUAAUACCACAUGAGAAAAUAGUAUUUUCUAGUGUGUUAGAUAACUUUGAGGGAAACAAUACA